AUGCAUAAACAAACUCCUAUUGUUGUUUCGAAUUGGUGCUCAUCGUUCUUAACUGUUGUGCCUCAUCUACGUAAUCAAUUUUCUGCUUUCAUAUGCUCGACUCACCACACAAUGGAUCGCAAAGGAGGCACACAAGCCAGAUCGACCCUACAAGGCUCGUCACCCUCGUCUUCAAACCAUCUAGCGAGAAGCCUUGGAGUAAAAAAGAUUAUUCCUUUCAUCAACCUUCCGCCGUCGUAG